GAUAUCUCUUCGUCCCCCGCAUCAGAAAGCUAGCAGACGACGUGUCGCCACAUUCGCGAUAUAUAACCACCGUGAGCUAGCUGGGCACUGCAACUUUGAUCACCACGCGCACACCCACGCCACGCCACCACACGCACACGCUCUGUCUUGGCCGCCACAGAGUGUCUCUGUCUCUGUCUCCCGCCCGGCCCGCGCGAUGCCAGCCUCCUCCUGGUUCCACAAGCUCAGGGGGAGGAGCACAAGGAAGGGCAGGCGAUCGGCCGCGUGUCCGCCGAGUCCGACCCGUGGCUCCUCCGCCGACGCAAUCGCAUUCGUCGCCGCCUCGGCGGAGUGGACGGACCAACAGACAAGCCAGCAGGGCCGGCCACCCGCGCGCCCACCGGCGGCGUGCGCCGGCUACUCUCCCAACAGAGCCUCCUACUACUUUCCGAGCGCGGACCGGGGAGCGCUCCGGUGCAUUGCCCCGCGCGCCGCCGACGACGACGACGGCGCGGCCUUGGACGUCCGUGUCGACGUCAUCCAUCGCCGCGCCGGCAGACUCGGCGGGAUAGACGCGCCUCCAGCGACGCCGGAGCUCAACCUUCGGCGCAUCGUCACCAGGCCCGCCGCCAAGAACGACCCCGCGGAAAGCGUCGCCGUUAGCAGCAGCACCGGCACCCCCACCUCGGCCGCCACGACGCCGUCCACCUGCAGGGCGCGGGGGUUCCACGUGAAGCCGGCCGGCAGGCGGCGGCGCCGCGGCCACGACGACAAAAGUGCCCGGAAGGAAAAAGCAGCCGAGGACGCGGGCAGCAGGAGACGGCGGUGGCUGUACGAGAGCCUGGUGGUGGUGAAGACGUCGUCGGACCCGGAGAGGGAGAUGGCGGAGAGCAUGGCGGAGAUGAUGGCGGCCAACCGCAUACGGUCAUCGGAGGACCUCGAGGAGCUGCUGGCGUGCUACCUCGCUCUCAACGCGGCCGAGCACCACCGCGCCGUCGUUGCCGCGUUCCGCCGCGUCUGGCUUCACAUCGCCGGCCAAAGAAUACGCCACUAGUACGAGGCCUCCUAAACACCUCUGAAUUCUCUAGGAAUUACUUCCUCCGUUCCAAAAUAGAUGACUCAACUUUGUACUAAAAUUAGUAUAAAGUUGAGUCAUCUAUUUUGAAACGGAGGGAGUACAUCACAAUGCACUUUGGUGUCGCAUGCAUGGAUGAGGAUGCAUCAUGCAUGCAUAGCGUGUGUGUGUGUGCGUGUGAUCAUAAUCAUAGCAUUGACCAAUUGAUCGGCUCAUGGUCAUGAUCCAAGUGUAUUCUUGUUGCGUUUUAGUCUUGAUGAAAAGGCUAGUAUAGCUUGCAUUCUGUCAA